CCUCCCGGUAGCACGUUUUCGCGUAGCUCUCCGCCAGGAUCUCCCACUCGUCCUUUCCGCUUUCCCGUUUUCCAGUCUCCCCCGCGAGCUUCCCGUCCGCCCGGCUUUCCCGCUCUCCCGUUUUUGUCCGUUUUUUUGUCCGCGCGAGGAUCGGCCACCGUCCGGCACCGAGAUGAGAAUCCACCGGUCGGUUCGUCGCGGCCGCUCGCUCGUCGUUCGCGCUUAGCCGCGUCCCGCGAGGAAUCACCCCCUCGGACGUCACAUGUCAUUGGGAUCCUCGGAUCGCGCCGCGUCCCGCGAGUGGAGAAGAUCGACGACGCGGUCACUCGUGUCGAGCACUGGAUCUGUGGAGCUUCGUGCUGCGCUGGGCAGCCAGAAUGUCGUUCUUCAAGGGCUUGUGGAAGAGCAGCUCCAAGCACAAAAAACUAUGCGAGGAAUGGGCUCUGGCGAAUAGCCGCGAAUGCGUGGAGGGCAGCGGUUCCGCCGGCACGACGCACGAGGAAUCCGAGGAUGCGUCGGAAGCCCGGUUCACCCUCAAAUAUUUGGGCAGCACCCUCGUCGAGACGCCCUCCAGCGAAGAGGCGACGGCGGAAGCCAUCAAGACCGUCAUUACGAUGGCGAAGGCGAGCGGCAAGAAGCUGCAGAGAGUUUCUCUAGCCGUGAGUUUAAAGGGGAUCAGAAUGACAGACCUCGCCACGGAAGAAGAUCAGCUUCAAGUAUCUAUAUACAGGAUCUCGUACUGCUCGGCGGACGCGACCCACGACCACGUGUUCGCGUUCAUCGCGACCAAUCUGAACGAGACGAUGGAGUGCCACGCGUUCCUCUGCCCGAAGAGGAAAAUGGCGCAGACGGUGACGCUGACGGUCGCCCAGGCGUUCAACACGGCUUACGAGGCCUGGCAGCUGUCCCAGGCGGACCCCAGGAUCCAUCACCCGCAGGAUAAGAGCCCCUCGUUAACCGAGAUCAGAACAGACGAGGAGGAGAAGAAGAAGAAGCCGGAGGACGCGAAAUCCGCGGGGAAAGCCGGCGAGCAGAACAAGCCCGGCGAGCACCGGAACACCCCGAACGGUUCUCAGAAGAGCCUGCUGAUCGACCUGUCGAACGAAACGAAGCCCGCGGGAAACUCAUGGGUAUGCUUCGAGGAGGAGACGGGGCAGGACGGCGCGAAGAGGGUGCAGAAGAAGAGCAGCCCCAGCAGUAUUCCCAUGACGACUCUGAGGCACGCCGGCGCCGCGGCCUCGCACCACGUCGUGCCGAGGCCAACGACAGCUUUCAAAAUGCAGAACGCCUGGGGCGAGUCGCGGUCGGUCGACCUGAUGUGCUCGUAGCAGGCGUAGCCUUCGGCCGACAGCUUCCGGGACGUGCCGCUGAUCACCGGCCUCUGGAAGCACCUGUCCAACAGUGGCCAACCGAAGAAACUGAAUCGAUAGGUUUAAUCGUCGCCGCUGAACUCCUCCGUCGGCCGUGCACCGGAAUUUCGUCGACGAACGAUCGUCCGAUCGGCGUUCUUCAGAGACGCGCGUUCUCCGGGAUGAACUGGACCUCUGAUCGGGAGAUCGGCCAGCGUCGGGGACUCGAGAUAAGUCGAACUGUCGUGGAUCGGUUCCGAGUGAAACAGCUGUGCGAGAUGAAGUAACCAGUGUUGCGUGUAUCGGUUCUGGAUCGGUUUCUGUCGUUGGUACGCUAACUGUUGGAUGUCUGUGCAACUACAGAUGUUUAUAUCUGUGAGUUUCGGCUGUUUCUUUAUUCCUUUGGAAGGAAACAACGGAAUACUAUCGGCCGAUCGGAGCCGAUACGCUUAACACUGAAACUACCAGAGGCGUCAAAUGACCUAUGCCUGAUGUCUGCUUUUUGCAAUUAUUAGGAAGGUAACAAAUGUUUCUCUGAGAGAUUAUUGAAGAAAUUCAUUUAGCACUGCGCAAAUUGAGUUGUGAAUCAAUUAGAAUCUGAACAGAUGCACUCUUGGAGUUUCUAUAGAGGAAUUUUCGAAAGUCAAUUGAAGUGCUCGGUAGUUUUAGUGUUAACCACUUGCGGUGUGAAGAAGUUCAGGGUUGCGCGUGCCAGAACAGUGAACUGUAACUCGAGGCGAGGAGUUCGACGUGUUCCAGAAGAGAAUAUAAAGACGCAUCGACUGGUGAUAAAAUUACACAUGUAUAAGUACUAAAUUUGUUUAUUAACCCUUUGCACUCCAGGUUCUUUUGUAACCCAUCAGCAACUGCAGCUAAUUUUUAUAGUACUAUCGAAAAUGAGAAAUGCUAUAACAUUCCUUCCUUUUAUUUUCCUUCUUAGUACAGAAUUUGGAUACGUGGAAAAUCGAAUAAUUUUAGGGUAGUUUCUUUAAGAUUCAUUGAAAUAUUUAAUGUUAUAACUGGUGCAAUACUGGAGCCUACAGAGUUCAAAGGGUUAAACAUCAAAGUGUACAGUUUUGCUGUGUCAAAUCAUUUGGUGACUUAGAGUCGCCUCUGGAGUGCUGGUUAAUAAUCUCGCAUAUUACCAUAUCUUUCAAAACAAUUUGGAAAAUUGACAUUUCUCUGACAAUCGCCUGUCGAAACGUCGCUGACGUUCCUCUAACAGAAGCAUCUCGACGUCGGUCUCUCCACCGCAAGUGGUUAACAACGGUUACUAUAUUCUAGUUCUCAACCGUUCGAAAAACCGGAACCGACGAACCGUUUCCAGCUCCGGCUCCCAUCCGGUCAGACUCCGAUCACACUUAUUCCGGCCGCUCCGCGACGAGGCAUCGCCGAAUACGCUUAACCCAUUUGCAUCAUGUGCCUCCUUAAGGUGUCGCUUGCCAGCGUCAGCGACGUUCAACCGACGAUUGGCCCGUAUCGCGCGCGAUCGGUCGUAUUCCGCUCUUGGUGAUAAUACAGUCGUGUUUCGCGGAAUAUUCCGCGCUUGGAUGCAAAUGGGUUAACCGUAUCCCGCUCGCGGUGCAAUCGAUGCGAUUUCCUCGACGCGUGUCCCCGUCCUCGAAACGAUCGACGUCGAGCAGCGCUCGGAAGGACCAAUCGAAUCGAUAAAUGAGAUGGAGAGAGAGAAAGAGAGAGAGCCAAGGGGAGCAGAGAUUUCGAGAUCUAGAGGCUCAAAGAUCGAGAGGGCUUCGGUUUACGGCCAGGAAGUGGGAACAAUUUUCGCAGACUAUACCUUUUGUAUAACGCGUGUAUCCGUGCCAAUUCCUUCACACAUAUCGUAUACGCCACGAUAGCGGGUUCGUGCCGCCGCUGCACCAUGUACGCGCAAUUACAAAACCUUUUACUCCUUUUACGAUCUAGAACCAGGUUUCCUUCGCGAACGAUCUCUCGCGUGUCGGCCGGGGAUCGAGAGUAAGAAACGCAGCGACGCCGAACAGGCUCGCUGGAAACUUUCUCGCGAAUCCUCCUCGCGAAACAGCCGGGCCAUUGUUUGGACGUUUUUAACCCCUUGUCCUACAACGAGUGAAGAUUUUCAAUAUCAUUCGACAAAAAAACUCGGUUCAUUCGAAAAGUAAAUUUUAUUCCUCUGUUAUCGAUUUUACUAUGCUUGAAAGGAAAUAGGCAUAACAUAUGCUUAGAAUUUUCCUCUUCCAAUAUUGUUAACGACAAUUUAUUCUUUUCCAAUUGUUAACGACAAAGCAGCCGCAUCAGAGUCGAGAAAGAUAUAGGUCAAGGGGUUAACACUGGCUCCGUAACUCGAGGGAUAUCGAAUUUUACUCGCGUCAAACGUCGAUUUCGAUCGAAGCGAUCCGAACUCGACGGAUCCAAGAUCCAACGGACGUCGAUUGCCAUCGGGACAACGGAACGAGACGUCCGUGAGCCUAGCGUUAAGUCACGUUCGAACUGUAAAUUCACAUUUGGCCGUUAACGUGUAGCACGCGCCGAGGACACUUUGAACGGUGACGCUCCUCGUAGGAUCAUUUUCACGGGAGCACCGCUCUAAACACGCGUUCCGCUUCUUCAGCUUAGGGUAGCGAGUGAAUAUCGAUCCGAGCAAACUGUAGCCGGCUAAUGUGAUCGUCGCCGAAUCGACGAGCUAGGGUAAGCCGAUAUAUUAGAGGAAUGUGUUGAUGUACAUAUAAUACGUUGCGAUCCGGCCGUGUGUAUCCACUCAUCGUUAGCCGUAGAAUAUUAUCCGUCGUCGAGACCGCGAGUCGCCUCCAAGAGGUUCGCGUCGCGAGCAACCUUUAGACGUCGCUGCCAUUAAUCAGCGGCUGUUGAAAGUAACGAUCGUUAAGUUGGAUCAUUAUCGUCGUUUCACAGGGAAACGCGCAAGAGAUCGCUCGACGCCUCUCCGCUUCACGGUCUCAUCUCGAAGCGUUACGUUCAACGCUGUUGACGGAUAAUUAACGAUCGAAAGUGUCAGGAAUCAGAAAAUCGAAGCAACAGGAAAUUCGAGCGGUCUCCUAUCGGAUCGUCUCCGAAUAACGAGUACUGCCAUUGAACCGCGAUCGAGUAGAUCGGCAAUUCCGUGAACCGUCGCGCGGAACCGUUCGAGCAAUCGCCGUAUUUGUAGGUAUCCAGUUAGAGAGUAGACAUCUUAGCGGAAUGCUGUAAAACGAACGCUUGCGUAACAAUGUAACGCGCGUCGCAUUCGUAACGAGACGUUAACGACGGAUCGGCGUGAACUUUGAGUUCGAGCGAGGUAAUCCGGUCGACGCGUCGUUGACGCUGAUCGCGGUAACGAUAAUUUUCCACGACCGAUCCGAUCGGCGCAUUUCCGCGAGCUCGUCCGACAUCGCUGAGUGUUAGAGCGUAAGAAACGCGCGUGUUCGCUUGAACCGCGGCGAGAGGCUCCUGUAAUUCCGCGAACGCGGGCAUAUUUGUGGAUUAACCGUGUAAGGAUGCCUUUUAUUGAUUUUAUACACGACGGGCGUGCUUCCGUGCCUCCACGGGCAGUUCAAAGAUGGCGACGCGCACCAGCUCCGGACGAGAGCCACCGGGACGCGAAAAAUCGGGAAUCUUCCCGCGAUCGCGCGAGCCCGCCGCGUUUCUCGUUUUUAUAUGGAACGCGGAGGAAAUAGGAAUAUUUAGAUACUGUCGGUCGCGCGAUGCAAGCGAGGCACGAUUCGUUUCGAACGAUCCCAGCAGAUGGAGACGCGCGUUCCGAGGAAUUUUUAUCGGUAGAUUCGAUUAAUUAAGCGAUGGGACAAGUGCAAGGAAGUUGCGGGUUGAUUACGUCGGUUCGAGGGGUAUGAGAUUAGAUCUCCGGGCUUUUAACGCGUUAAGCGCCGUGUCAGUCACUGGUGACUGACGCUUGUGAAUGACUAAAAACUAAUCGUAACGUACAAGACAACCGAUGUGAAAUAAAAGUGUUUAAUAAGGCAACUAAGUUGAUAAUAGUGUAACGCGAACGUUGCAAAGAAUUCAUAAUCGUUUCUGUUUCUUUGCUGCAAAAGACAAACUCUAUGGGAAAAUGCUUAAGAUUUCCGUGGCGCUUAACGUGUUAACAGCAACUCCAAAGCGACUGAGAUUACAGGUUGGAAUGUAACAAAAAUUGCCUAAUUUCACGUGACAAUUACCAGUGACACGGGAAUCGAUAGCGUCUAUGGGAAAUUCAGAGUCGAGUGAAAUUGAAACGUUUGCGAAGUGAAACAUUGAUGAAGGUUAGCACUGGUCUGUUAACUAUUAAGAUGACUGCGUUUCGUCAGUGGACGUGAAAUCAUUUCUUUACGCAACAGAAACGCUUCAACAAUGUCAAUAACCGACUCCAACGGUAUCGAUAGCCAAGCCUCAAUGACGCCAACGAACAAACAUCAAUUCCGUGUCUGGGAGAAAAUGGACAAUAUCAUCGGAUAAAGUCAGUGCUACGAACGGCAGCUAUAGCUGUAACUAUAAAUACACGUUACACCGAAUAUUAUACUGUACUGUGUCUAACUAAAUACAUAUCAUAUAUUACAC